ACUUGACGGUUAUUCUUGCGGUGGCGUUGAAAACUUUGGCACAUAUUGUAACGGUACCGGAUCACUAUAUUAUAAUUAAUCAACAACGUAAUUUAGAUAAUUACUGAGUAUUCAUUUCGAUAAGACGCCAGUAAUAAAGGCUAUAGUGAAAAAAAUAAUUUUCUGUUACUAACUAAAAUUAAAAAUAUCACUAAGUAAAAAACAACAACUGUGCUCGGCAACUUAGACCAUAACCACAGAUUAAUUGUUCAUUAAAUUUAAAUAACAUUAAAAAAACAAAAUGUCUUCAAUUUCACAAUUCAGAAAAAACAAGCUCAUGUACGUGUUUCACGUUUUCUUUGACGUCAACUCAAGUGGAACCAUUGAUAAAAAAGAUUUUGAGAUUGCCAUCGAAAGAUUUUGCAAUAUGCGUGGUUGGAGUGAUGAUACAGAAAAGGUAGAAAAAACUCGUUCAUGUUUGUUAAAAGUUUGGGAUGGCUUACAGUCUGGUGCUGACAAAGAUAAUGAUGGACAGGUAACACAAGAAGAAUGGUGUGCUAUGUGGGAUGAAUUUUCGAAGAAUCCUAAUGCUGCGCAAGAAUGGCAAACACACUAUAUGAACUUCAUGUUUGAUCUGGUAGAUAAGUCAGGAGACGGUGCGAUUGACGAGGCAGAAUUUAGUGAAGUAUGUCAAACCAAUGGAGUGCCUCCUUCGGAGUCUUCAGCAGCUUAUAACAAAUUUUCUAAUGGUGGUACAAUGAAAGUAUCUCGUGACAAAUUUGCCAAAUAUUGGGUAGAAUUUUUUGCUUCUGAAGAUCCUAAUGCACUGGGCAAUUUUAUAUUCGGCAAGACGUCGUUUGACUAAAUUAAUAUGAACAAUAAUAUUAUAACUCUUGAUAUACUUGUUGUACUCUUUUUACCAAACAUUUAAUAACGAGGGAUAAAAUCACUUUUUACAAAUUCCAUAUAGAAUCCCUUUGUAGAUAGAUUAUACCACUAUGUUAUUGGUAUUACAAUAAUAAUUUUAGUAUAAUAUUUAAUUAGAUCUGUAUACUUGUGAAGAAUGUAGUAUGAAUAGAUUAAAUAUAAAAUAACUUAUUUCGUAGAUAUCAAAGUCAAUAAGUAUAAUUGAAGUCCAUAUAAUUUUACUUGCAAAACUCCAUUUAUAAUUCCUUUCGUUUAAUAUGUUAAAUUAUUAAAUGUAGUAAAAGGAAAUAAUCGGACCAUUGUCGAUUUCAUUAUAUACUUAAUCAUUAAAAAUAUAAUUACUUCUUACUUUCUUAAUAUCUCAUUUUUUCUGUGGAAAUUAAUUUUGAAAAUAUAUCAUGUGUUCAGUGUUAUGAAUUAUUGUUUUUUUACAUAUCAUGACUGAAUUGUGCGUUCGUGAUCAUUAUUUAUUUUUUGCAAAUAAAAUACACCAAUGACUUAAAUA